GUGAGCGUCGCUCGUCGCGAGCUGGCCGCGUACUUCCGUACGGGCUCCUAAAUCCCGCGGAACGACCAAUUAAUUCCCUCGUUCUCUAUUCGUCCCCUCCGAAUCUCCGUUGAAUAAUCGGCUCCCGCGGGAAUUUAUUUCGGGGAUAAGUAAUAACUCGGAAAGUCAACGCUCUCCCGAGCACCUGCGAUUUUCAAUUGGCCGAAAGUAGCUCGAGAGCGCCGCGUGACUGCCGGAGGACUCGGCGAUGGAUAAUAUCCGAGGGAACGUCACCGAGCUGCGACAGCGGGAUAAAUCUCUGCGGCUCCGCGGCUGAGGACCUUCUCGGCGUUCCCCCAUCCCUCGCCCCGGAAGAAAAGCAGCCCGCUCGCUCUCCCGCCGGCGGUCGCUCUCCGUCAUACCUUCCUCUCUCGCGUCCUCCCCGACGCAGAGUCCGCGCGCGCGAUUCAAGAGAGACUGCAUCGAACGUGCGGAGGGUGAGAAAGCGCUCGGCUCCGUCGAGCACGUUAUCACCAGCGGAACAGAACCCUCGGACUGUGGGCAACGUGCGCGCGCCCCCGUGCCAACGACAAUAUUCUCGAAUAGAUUAAAGUGAAAAAACGGUAACGGCGCAUGGGGAGGGCUACUAAGAGUGCUGGGAAGCGAGCGGUCGCGUUAAAACCUCUCGGGGAGUGUGAAUACGACGCGAGUUUUCACAGAGCAAAAGACAGCCCCGAGCCCUCCGUUACGGCCGAACUCUUGUUCCACUUUUAACCCAUUCCCCGCGACCGAACGCCGCGCUCCUCUCCUCGAGACCAACCUCCGAAGAGAUAUUCCUCAGGCCCGCACGCCGCUCGCGACCUCCCGAAGGGCUUUACUACGUGCGAGACAUUUUACGCUGCCGAACAUUGGACAUGGUGAAGGGGCAUGUUGGUGUGCCGGCGGUUGCUGAUCGCAGCAGCGAUCGCGGCCUCGGUCGAGGCCUCGGCUGUGUCCGCUAGUUUUCCCGAUAUCACUGGACCCGAAUACACAGCAGCCGGGUACGCCGUUUACUCGGGCGCCACGCCAAUCGGUGCCUCGUCCGGUAAUAUCCUCGCCGGAAGCACCUCCACUACUACCUCGUCUUCCGGCUCGGGCUGUCGACCCUCCGAAUUCUCCUGCACAAACGGUCGCUGCGUAGCUCAGGACAAAUAUUGCGACGGCGAAGAUGACUGCGGCGACAAAACGGACGAACCCAGAUAUUGUUCCCCUUGCAACAGAACUCUGUACGGGGACGUGGGUCGAACCUACGAGGUGGAGGUUCGUCGGCCGAGGGAAGAUCGAUUACCUUUUCUCUGCCACCUCAACUUCACUGCCGCCGGAGGUGACCUCGGCGAUUUAGUUCAGUUAACGUUCGACACCUUUACCGUGGGUCGCUUCCUAUCGUUCACUAACGAAGGCUGUCCGGACGGAUUCAUGUCGAUAAGGGAAAUGGGUCGCCCGGCGACCGGUGGUCAAUGGUGCGGAAGUGCGUGGGGUUACACCGUCUAUUACAGCGAGACACCUUCGAUAAAUCUCACUCUUUACCUCUCGCGCCUCUCCGAACAGGGUAUUGGUUACAACUUCGAUUUCAAGCUUUCGUACAAGUUCUUGAAACGGAGCGAGGCACAUCUGAGGUACGGUAACAGCAGCAUGGCUACGUGGCGCGGUGAACUCGUGAACGGAACUUAUUGCGAUCGAGUUCUCACGAGGUGCGAUACACGAGCUUGUCGUCUUCAAUCACCAAACUAUCCGGGUGUUUAUCCGCGAAACGUGACUUGUUAUUAUCGAGUGGAGCACAAUCGACCACCGCCAGGCCACCGAGCACUUCUCGCGGUUAGCCAACGAAAUAGUCACAAAAUACACAUAAAAGAUCAAGUCGUCAAGUACGACAGGAGCCAGCGAAUAUUGAGAGUAUGGGAUCAGUGCAACGUGGUGCAAGACUAUUUGACGGUUUACGACGGUGGCUCAACGACCGACAGAGUUCUCGUGAGACUUUGCGGUGGGGAUGCAGUGCCUGACAUAGUCAGCAGUCAUAACACGAUGCUCCUUGAAUUUCACACAUCGCCAUACGACAAUCCUUUUCACCCAGUACCAUUGUCAUUUCUUCCGGGUUUCGAGCUCGAAGUUCAGGUUCUCUUCGUCGACGAAAAAUCACGGAGUUUCGUCAAGGAAAACGAUAACUGCGACUUCCAUAUAUCGAGCUACGACAGUCCCUCGGGAAUACUCGAAAAUCCGAAGCACUCUCUGCCACCGAACACAACCUGUCGUUACCACUUCCAGGGAAAGCCCAACGAGAUCGUUUGGAUCUCUUUUGUGAAAUAUUACGCUGCCAGUACUGAUCCAGCUGCCAGUAUAGACGAUGCCAACACCGAUUGUAACGCGAAACUGCUCAUCUGGGACGGCGAUCAUUCGACGGAUAAACAAACCUCGAGAAAGAACGUCAAGCUGAUGGGUCAAUUUUGCAAGGACGAUAUUCCGCUGCUGUGCGAUCACAGUCUUUUGCGAAACAGUAGUCGCCACACUCGGCCUUGCAGUCAUUCGGAGAGUUACGUAUCGUCGGGUCGUGAUUUGACGCUGGAGCACAUAUUGCGUCAAGGUAGCGCUCUUUAUCCGAUAAGUUUCGUGUUGCGGUACGAGUUCGUGCACGAUUCGUUGUCGUGUCACUUGGUGUUUUCGGCGAGUUCGACAGGGGCGUCAUCGGGGUCAGGGUCGGUGUCGUCAGCCGGGUCGAAGACUUCCGGUUCAUCUGGUAAAUUUUCGUCGCCGAAAAGCGUGUUUUUUUACGGGCGAGGUGGAGCUCAAAAUUUGAGUUGCGUGUAUCGUUUCGAGGCGGAGGUCGAUCAGAGAAUCGAGUUGACGAUAGCGAGGGCGUCGUUCGGUGACAAGCGUUGCACUUCUUACAUCGAUCCGUUGAUCGAUCGUUGGGCCUGCGACGGUCAAUCGCCGGAAGAAACGAAGAAGAACGGGAGAGCGGAGUUGCUCGUGUCCGAGUAUCCUUGGACGGGGGUUGAAUUGCUUCGGGAUUGCUUGUGCUCGAACGUGACCGAGAGGAUCGUCUUGAAGAGUCUGACCUCGAACGUCGUCGAGAUGAAAUUUGUCGUAUCGCGAAUGAACGUUACGCAGGAUUACGAUAAUUACUUUUUCGAGGGGGAAUAUCGAUUCGUGCCGAGCAACGAGCUGCGCGAGGAUCAAUCCUGUCCGACGAAGCUCGAGGAGCGGAAAUUGCGCGGUACCAGCGGCGAAAUUUCUCUGAGGAGCCCGCUGCCACGCGCCGUCGGCGGUAUCGCUGCUGUCGAAGAAAUUUUACCCAACACCGAGGACUUGACCGCCGCCCAAUGCGUCAACGAACCCUGGCUCAUCGAACCCGAGGACGUCAGGAUGAAUUUUUUGUAUCUCCGGACUUCCGGGUUCGCCAUCAACGCUGAUAACAUCGAGGAGUGUACCACCCUCAAUCGCAUCAUCGUAUAUUCCGCUGCCAACACCAAAGACCGAAGCGUCAUUUGUCCCGAGGGUGGCAACGACCUUGCACGAACUGUCGACUUUUUCUCCGGUGGCUGGAAUUACAGCCUCAUCAACGAUACUCCCCCCGUCAACGCGAUGAUGCAACACUCCAGAAGCUUCGUCGUUGAAUUCCUUCAACGCGAACCUGGAUUUUACGCCCUCACUUGGAUCGCCAUCUCGAAAAGAGCCACCGCCACUAGUCUCGGCUCUAACCCUUUCGCUCUUGGUCCGACCGAGGACUGUCCGUACAGGUGUCCGGAGAUCCAAGCUUGCAUAAGCUCGGUCCUUUGGUGCGACGGUGUGCGCCACUGUCCCUCGGGUUUCGACGAGGAAGAAGUUAAUUGUUCUUAUCAGUUCGGGGUGACGUUACUGUACAUCGCGGUGGGGGCUGGUGCAUUGGGAAUUUUUUUGAUUCUCUUGUUGGCGACCGGUUGCUUGAAAUAUUGUUUGUACCGGCACAAGGCUCGUAAGAAAAAGAAAAACGUGGCGCUGAGCGUGAACCACCUUCACGUGAAUCAUACUCAUCACAACAACGGUUUGACCGGCAGUCGUUUGGGCGGACGUUACAAUUUGGCAACGCCGCAGGAAAUGUAUCUCGAGAAUUGUGGCAAGGACAGCAUUUGUUGACAAUACGCCAUCGACGAUAUGGAAACAACCGUGUGAAAUAGUCGGGAUACCGCGGGAUUCUUCAUUCCUUUCGAUAAAAAAAAAACAAAAACAAAAACAAAAACAAGCUCGAAGAAACCAAUAAUACGUAACGAAAAAUAAUGGGCGAGGAGAGGAGCGGAGUGCGGAAUGCGAAGACAGAAAAAGGAGCGAAGGAAACGGAGUCUCAGCUGGUUGUGGCAUCGUGAACGCUACAGCGGAAAGACUCGCUCGAAGACUACGAAAACGACCGAAAAAUAUAUUCUAAUCGCGGGCUCUGGUGAAUUUCAUCUAAAAAUGGUAUGGGGAGGAGAGAAAUUCGCGAGUAUUGACCCAGGUGCCGCAGCAGGAAAAGGGAGAAAGUAGAUUAAAGCUGUAAGAACGAAAGGAGCAAUAUUCUAAGGCAUAUAAUACAUCAAGCGAGGCUUGUCGAAGCGAAAACUUCACAUUGACUUGCAAAUCAUACUCUCUUCGACACAAUAGUCGUGCGACAGGCUGUAUGUCGCUUCGGAAGAUCACACGUGCUUUUAUCUACGACUUUUACGAGUGCCAAACGUGAAUCGGAGAUGGUGGAUGGAAAAAAAACGACGGAAAAGACGAAAGGACGAAGAUAAAAAGGGGUGGAGCGAGCAGGAGGCAAAAACCAUCUCGAAGUGGUUGUGAUCGAAGGAGAUUUCGACGUUGCUGUUUUUAGGCUCGCACGUGAAAGAUUGAUGGGGCGAGGGGAUGUUAACGGACGACGAAAAAUCGAGGAUCGAUGAUAAUCUACGAGGAAUAAAUGAGCCUGCUGCGUUUAGGAAACCAAUUCGAAAAAGCAACCAAUUAGUAAGGAGCAAAAUAUCUGGCGAAUACGCAGAAAACUGCGUCGUCUCUACCCGGAUAUUCGAACGCGAGGUACCAGCCGAAAGGCACAAAAAGGGCUGCGUACUUUUCGCCUGGAUUUUUAACAGCGUGGAGCGAAUAAAUCGUGUGCACGGGCUUUUUAACAAAAAUUUUCGGACCGGUAAAGCUGCGGGGUGAAUCAAAGUCACUCCUUCCUCGGGCCAGAGAAUCCUGUGGAAAGGCCACCGAAAAAUCCAACUCGAAAGAGUUACCUGCGUUUUAAUUGGAAGGAAAUAAAUGAACUAAGAGAGGAGGAGAUGGGAAGAGAGGGAAUUUGAGAAGCAACGAACUCGGUGUGUAUCGAUCAACGUAACUAUAGACUCUCAAAAAUAAAAGGAUUGAAAACAACGAGAGAAAGAGAGAAAGAGAGAAAAAAACGGACGAGGAGAGAGAAAUGACAAAUUAAUCACGACCAAAAUACACACACUGCUCUAUCCAGACUGCUAAUAAAAAAUAAAUAAUAAAAACGAGCCGUUCGGUGAGAUCGCCCCUCGCAACGAUAAAUAUAUAUGUACACAGUGGGCAUCUAUAUAGGAAUAAAAUAUACUCGAUAUACCAUAUGUGAACGUGGCAUAACAAAAAACGCGAAAGAGGACACGUUGCGUGUGGAAGUAGAGAUCGGGGGCCAUAAAUCAUAAUUUGUCGAGAUAUAAAUAUUUUGUCGGAUCCUCCGAUUGUUCCGGGUUGGCACAGGAAUACGCGUUUUUCCGGAAGCUCCCUUUCAUUAUAUUUUUAAUGCACCAACCGAUUUUUCGCUAGAGCUCGAGGGAAUUAAAAGUUUUUUAAAUUAAUAUCGAAUAUCUGGCGUGCAAUGGAUUCGCGAUAUAGCUGCCCAUUGAAAAGUCACGGAGCAUUUAAAGCCUCAUGAAAAUAUGAAUCAAACGAGCAUGACGUUUUAUUAAGUGAGCCGAAAUUUUUACGCGAAUCCUCCAAUUAUUGAUGCAGCAUUUCGUAAUCGCAUCAUCGAAACAAUUUUUGACAAUAUUUUUACUAUUUAUAUUCGACUCGAAAAUAUGAUUAACUUUUGCCUACCUUCGUGGCCAGAUGAAAGAUGCUAAAUUAAGGAAAUAACAACCUUCGUUGACGAGAUAAACUACGUGUCGAGGGUCUACUGGAACGGAACUUUCCAAAUCGGACGUAAUCAAAGCACUGAAAUUUCACCUCGUUACAGCAACAAUGAGUUUUCGUCCAGGUACAUUUCGAGCCGGCGAGCACGCUGCAGCAAUGAACUAGCGAAACGCUCAUCGUGAUACCGACGAGCGGGAAACAAAUGCGUUUUACACGAAUGAAGAAAAAUUAGGAUCGAUGUUGCCCUACGAGGAGGAGGAGGAGAGUCAGCAAAGUUCUGAGCAACUCGGAAAAACCUGAUUAAAGUUAGAGAUCGAUGUAUAGUUGGUGGCUGAAGAAUUUUAAGCGAGUGACGUGAUCGGCCGUCCGCGGAGGGACGGCCAUAACUUUUCGGACGUCUGAGAGACGAGGAAUUAAAAUUAACUGAAAAAAAAAAAAAAAAAAACAUUAAUUAUAAUAAUCGAUGUAGAGAUUCGCCGAACGCGCGCGAGAGCAAGAGAGCGAGAAAAAUGAAUUUUGAAGAACAGGAAACAAACAAAAUGCCGCCGUGUAAUAUAAUAACAUAAAUCUUGUAAUGACAUUAAAAUACGAUGGAAGAAUCAUUAAAAUAAAUAUAUCAUUUCAAAAAACCAAACUAAAUUCAUUGAAAUAUAAAAACACACACACACACACACACACACACAUACACACACAAUACACGAUUGAAUUAAAUUUGACGCGCAACAUCCCGCAUAUGCUGUGAUAGAAGUAAGCGUAUCAACAAUCCGACUGUGAGAGUGGAAAGAGAGCAGAGAGAGAGAGAGAGAAAGUGGGGGGAGGGGGGGGGAGAAUUUGAGAAGAGAAUUUCGCGAGCGAGGAGGACAAUUUUCGUCGCUACGAUCGUUGAAUAAGUGCUCGAUCAAAAGUUCAGUUUUCCUUCAGAUUUUUUAACUGGGCUCUGUGUGACCGGCCGUUUAUUUCGAGUACUGAGCACAAAAAGCGAAUAAUUCUUAACAAUAAUCAGAGUCGAUGGGCCUGAGGAUGCUGUUGCGACGAGUUUUGUGCUGGCAAAGUCUCAUCGAGUUCAUCGGGAUUAUGGAGAGCAAAAAAUUUCGUAAGUCGGAGGGACGACGGGGGUUGAAUCACAAUCGUCGAAAUUCUUCGCGACGUUCCAUCGGCCGAUAAUUAAGUCGGUCCUUGCAGAAGAGUUUCUCCGGCCCGAAGCAGAGACUUCUCGCAUCCAUUAAAAAAUCGACUGGCGUCAAGCAGGCGCGAGUUCGUAAGUUCCGGAAGAGCGGCAAACGAGUGCAUGUGUGGAAGGUGGAGGCAGAACUGAAAAAUCAGCGGCAAGGAUCGCGCAGCCGAGGAAUAAUGCGCCGCGAAAACAAAUAAAAGUAAUUAACAAAAAGGAAGAAAAAAGAGAGAAAAAAAGAACUAUUAACAAAAUGAAAAAUAAAUAAAUAAAGGAAUAUGGAAAAUGAACAUUCGCUCAGAAUGCAUUCUACGAAUAGUAGGGUCAUCUGCAUAUGCAUCUAUGUACACGUAGCACAAAUCGAGAAAUGAAAAAAAAAAAUAAUAUUAAAAACAAACAAACAAACCGAAAUAAUAAAUACAUUUUAAAAAAUCAUGCAAAAGGCUCGCACCCACAACCAUCGCUCAUCGAAACACCCACACACAAAUACACACGCGCAGACAAAGACACAGCCACAGGUACAUAAUAAUACUCCAUAGUUAAGUGAGACGAUAAGAUUUUUUUUUUUGAAUCAACGUGGCCUUGAUUCAACGACGAGUUUCUAAGCAACCAAGUAUUAACACACGUUACGUGAUGUAUUGUAAUCCCGUGUUUAUAAUUUUAAUAAAAUAUCACCGCGUUAAAGAAAUCCAA